UGUGAACUUCAUAAAACGACACAGUUAGCAUGUUCACCAUCUGGGAUGUUUUUUUAAUUUGUCGUGUUAGCUGCAUAUAUGUUUCGUAGGAACAUUAAGAAUCAUUUUGGAACAAAGAAGAAAUUCUUAUAAAUUUAACAUAACAAAAAUAAAAAAUGAAAUUCUUCGUUUUACUCUUGCUGCUAUGCUGAUAUUUACUAAUGCAAUGAAGAACUCAGAUUAUAAAGUGUAUGAAGACAUAAAUUAUAAUGAGGCAUAGGAAACUCUGAAAUUGCUUGAAAGAACGUAUCCAUCUCUUGUUACAAUAAUAAAGGCGGAAGAUAUAUAUGGGAAGAGAUACCCUGGAAAAUUAUUCAAUGAUUCUAAAUUCAUGUGCGGGGAAAAACGAUGCGAAACACCAAUAGUCCGUUUAACUGUUAAGGAAAAUAUAACUCAAAAAGUCACAAAGAAACCACAGGUUUUACUUCUAGGAGGCUUUGGAGGAGAAAACACUGAAGGAACUGCUGCAAUAAUUACAUAUAUUUCGAUGUUGUGUCGAUACUACGAAAGAAUUCCGACUCUUAGGCAUAUCUUGAAGACUCGCGAUUUAUGGCUCCUUCCAUUUCCCAACAGCUGGGGAUUUUAUCAUACGAAUGAUACGGAACUUGGCAUAGAUCCUAUCUUUGAUUUUCCCUACAAAGUUGGAAAUGGCGGCUGCUUCAGAACAAAAACAGCAAGAAUAAUUAAUGAACUUGUAGCCGAAAAUCUAUUUCAAAUAGUAAUCAAUUUUCGUUACGGUUCCCCAGCCAUAGGAUUUUCAUGGGGUUCUUAUAAUUACACGUCAUGCGGAGGAGUAAAUCAAGAUAUAUGCGACCUUGAUUCUCCUGAUGUAAUUAGCCAGAGUGCUAUCGCUGAGGCUAUGUCAGAUGCUGCUG